UGCUCCUCAAAUUCAUUCCUUGUCUCUUAGAUCUUCUCUUUAUCUUUCUGUUUUCCUCUUUUUAAUCCACAAUCUACCUUUGUUUUCCCCCCCAUUUUCUUCUUCCUUCAUCAUCUACCAUUGUUUUAUCGCAUUCCUUCUCUAGAUCUACUACUUGAUUCAUUCUCUUUGGAUUUUCCUGUUUCUCCUUCCGGGUACCUCUCAAUUGCUGAAACUAUCAGAUCUUGUUUCUUUCGCAUCUUUGAUUUUGUUCUUUUCUGACUGUGCUUAAGGGUUUUGCAGGAUCUGUGGCAAGCUUCUGAGUUGUGACAUUUCAAAGAAACCGAAGUGCCAUGGGGGGUCGUGGAGUUAGCAGUGGUGGGGGGCAGAGCUCACUGGGGUACCUGUUUGGUGAUGGAGAUGCUCCUAAUGCAGGUGCACCAAAAGGUGGCCGCCAAGCACCGCCGCCUCCAAGUGAAGCGAAGACUAUAUCCAAACCAGCAGUGUCUAAACCUGCUGCUACUGCUUCACCACCUGCAGAUAUUUCCAAGCAGAUUCCAGCUGGUAUUCACAGUAGCUCAUCAAACAACUAUUUGAGGGCAGAUGGUCAAAACACUGGCAAUUUCAUAACGGAUCGGCCUUCAACCAAGGUUCACGCCGCCCCGGGCGGGGGAUCUUCUCUGGAUUAUCUGUUUGGUGGUGCUGGUGGAAAAUGAAACCUGCAAAUCAGAACUAAAUAGAGCUAUUUGACGAUCCAUUUUAUGUGAAUUUUUAUAUCGUGUCGAAGGGGCAAUGUUUUUUUUUCUUCUUUUCUUCCAUCUGAAACGAUACUAUGGCAGGACGAUAUGCUUUUCGAUGUAAUGUGUAGAUGCUUAUGGUUUCUGCUCUCUGUUCUUGGGUUUGAUUCAGUCAAAAUUUUAUUUUGGAUUCAUGAAAAGCUGUUGUGAGCUAUCCGUGUCUGUCAAGGAUCUUUCUUACAAGUAAUGCAUAAACUCUCUUUUAUCUUCA